CAUUCGAUCAGUAACCAUACUCGCAUAACAUAUUUCAACAUGCAGAGGUUCCUAGUCUUCACCAUUGUGGCCGUGGCCACCGCAGCUGCCGGGGACAUAUUUUACCCUGGAUACUGCCCCGAAGUUAAACCGGUAGAUGACUUCGACCUGAGUGCUUUCGCUGGAGCUUGGCACGAAAUCGCCAAACUGCCCUUGGAAAACGAGAACGAAGGAAAAUGUACCGUUGCUGAAUACAAGUAUGACGGCAAGAAGGCUUCCGUCUACAACUCUUUUGUCAUCAAUGGAGUCAAGGAAUACAUGGAGGGUGACUUAGAAAUCGCUCCUGAUGCUAAACUCACCAAGCAAGGCAAAUACGUCAUGACCUUCAAGUUCGGACCAAGGGUAGUCGUCCAGGUACCAUGGGUUUUGGCCACUGACUACAAGAACUACGCCAUCAACUACAACUGUAACUACCACCCUGACAAGAAGGCCCACAGCAUCCACGCCUGGGUCCUGUCCAGGAACAAGGUCUUGGAAGGCAACACCAAGGAAGUCGUCGACAACGUCCUCAAGACCUUCUCCCACCUGAUCGAUGCCUCCAAAUUCAUGUCCAACGAAUUCUCCGAAGCUGCCUGCCAAUACUCCACCACAUACAGCCUUACCGGCCCUGACAGGCAUUGAGAAGCAUAGUGAAAGAUGCUAGCGUUAAAUGUGUGCUAAUUACCCGUAGUGUUACCAUAGUUUAAAUAUUUUUUGUUUUACAACAUAUCCUUCAAUAGUUAAGUCCAUGUACUAACAUAGGUGUUUAGUUAUAUAGGUGAUUGUUUGCUUUUUGUAAACAGAAAGCAUACUGUGUUUAAGGAAAUAAAGGAAAGGUUAUUACAUA